AUGGACGCCACCCAGAAGCGCGAUAUCAUCAUCAGCAACUCGACCACGUCGGGUCUCAAGGCCUCGGCGAUUGCUGGCGUCACGGCCGGCUCGCUCGUCACCCUCGCCCAUCAUCAAUCGCCGUGGUUCCGCAACCGACUCGGCGUGAGUGGCAAGGUCGGCCUCGCGGUCAUGGCUUCGCUGGCGACGUUCGCGAUCGUCGCCGAGCAGGACCUUCUCAAGGGCAGCCGCAACCCGGACGCGUACAUCGCCGAGCUCAACGAGACCGAGACCAAGCAGGUCAUCAAGAGCGACAACCACCUGCCGCUGUACCAGCAGGCCGCCAACUACGUCUACGACUACCCGUUCCGCACGCUCGUGUGCUCGGCCGCGCCACUCGUCGGCCUCAUCUUCCUCGACCAGAGCCGCAACGCCAACAUCCAGUUCUCGCAAAAGAUCAUGCACACGCGCAUUUACGGCCAGGGCUCGUGCGUCGUCCUGCUCCUCGGCACGAUGGCGUUCCACGACUGGAUGACCAAGCGCGGCCGCUUCGAGUAA